CCCUGGAGCGAGAAUGUCUGGUCACGUGGAUGUUGCGAGUGCAUUGCUGCAUUCGGCGGCUGCACCUUGACCUGACUGCGGUGGCAGAGUCGCCUGGUGAGUUCUGCCGACGGUUUCGACUGCGCGAAUGCUACAGGGCCAUCGAACUUGGUGCCAGUGGAACAGCAUCGCCCAGAGGCCGCUUCUUUUUCCCCUUCCUUGGUCACGUGUACCUCCUCACCGAGCUGUCGCUCUUCGGGCUGCACCUGCUCCACCCGGACGACAACUUCCGCCUCGCCGCUCUCGUCGCAUCGAAUGUGUUACUCAGGAAGCUCUCCUUGAAGCGGUGCCACAUAGCCGACAGCAACUUGGCCGGACUGAUCGAUGCGACUAUGGGUCUACCUCUCCUAGAAUAUUUCUCGCUUUCUCUGUGCAACGCUGGAUUAUGGUUCAAACGAAGCCAACAGCUGGCGCUGCUGCUGGCAAGCGCUGGCUGUAAGCGCCUAAGACGAGUUCAACUCCGAGUUGCCUGCGACCUGAAGCCAAUCUUGGAGCACUUAAGUGAAAACAAAAACGUCGUUGAAGUUAAGAUCAGUCAGGAGCUUGCCGCUCCUUCCGAGCUCAUGAAACUCUGCGACCUAGCUGAAGUCAACACUUCUCUGAGGCGCCUUGUUCUUUCUGUGGACCUGGAGUCAGCCCUUCCCAGCCGCUACUACCAAUUCAUACUGGCCAAGUUCAUAGAAAACGCGAAAAUGGGGUUUUUAAUGCUGGAAAAUUCUUUCUUCACGACACGAGGUGCUAAAGCAAUUGCAGGAGGUCUGAAGAAAAAUGGCAUUCAAGAACGAGCAUGCCCCCCUUUCGAAGAACUUCCUGCUAUGAAAGACAAGUCUGAAUCACGGUUCCUAAAGGCGCUCUACCUCAGAAGUUACAACUUUACUUGUGAGCACCUGAGUAUUCUUGUGGAAGCGCUGAAUGUCAAUGACACCCUCGAAGUGCUUGAUGUGGGGCAAGUUCGGUCUUCGCCAUCCGUCAGUCACACAGACGUGACGCAGAAAAUCAUCGAUGGCGCAAUUUGGCAGCAUCAGCGGAAAACUAUUUUCCAGAAAAACUGCUCUGCGCCUAUUGUACGUGUCAACAAAGUGCACUAUGCGGAAGAAAUCCCGCUUCUGAUCUCCGCCAUUCGUAAGGACGUAACAUUCCGCAAGUUGAAUCUCGCAUUUUGCGAUGUUCCCAGAGAUUCCUUAGAAACUCGCUCCCUCCAAUUCGGCUACUUUGUCGCCGUGCUACCGUUUUUUCGAGCAUCGGACGCGCUCCAGUCAUUGGAGAUAGACGUGCGUUUGCCCGGGAUCCGUUCCCACAGUUUUCUGGGUCUGUCUCUGCUCGCUGCCACCAGCAAAACCCUGACUGAACUGAGCAUCAGUUUAGCGGACACGUGCUGCGAAUUCACCUCCGUCCUACUAUUCCAAGGUCUCGCCUCGAGCGUUUCCAUUCGCUCUCUCACGAUGAGCGGCUGGGGACUGAAGCAUCCGGCGUUAGUCUGGUUCUGGUACUUCAGCCGCAUGAACCAGACCCUCCAGAAGCUCCACAUUCACGUUACCAGUUCGCAAGGCGAAGAAAGCGAAGGGCUUCUAAAAUGCCUGCCCAGUAUUAUCAAGGAAUGUCGCUGGAUCGUAGACUUCAGACUAACGCAGGGAAAACUGAAAGAGCCAAUCGUCAUUCCCGAAGUGCUCGCUCUUGUCAGCAAGAACCAGAAACUGGAACCUGUAGCAGUUACACAAACCAUAACGGCUGCCAUGGCACCCUGCCGAGUCAUGCGGGCUUUUGAAGAGAAGCUAACGGUAGACCUAGGUGUUAGACUCCGUCGUUCGUUGGAUAUGUCAGGAUUUAAGGAGGCCCUUGUGGAACGGACAAACUGGUACACGGAGAAGAUUGAAAAAGCGAUAAAGUUCACUAAGGGCUUGAUUUCUCGCACUUUGGGCCACCGUGCGAAAGUUCAACGCCGAGACAGCGCAUUGAGGCCCAAUUUGGAGGGACAGGACAGGCGCUCGCUUGGGGAACUGGACGAAGUCACUCAAGAACGAAUUUUUAAAAGCCUCAAAAUUCCCGACGCUUCUGCAUGGCAUUGCUCAGAUAUCAAUGCCGCUGAAUACGAAAUGCGUCUCUCUGAGGUGAGCCAUGCCAUCAGGACCAUUUACGAUGAAGAGCACCAAUAUUAUGCAUCCGCCUGCAACAAACUGCAAGAAUUGAUUAGAGGUUUGUGCAUAUAAUGUCGCUUUGAAAGCCCCGUCGGCUUCCUUGUUUGGUCCAUCAGCGACGACUCAUAAUAAUGUGUGCCUUUUGCUUCGUAUUUCUGAGGAUUUAUCACUGACAACGCGUCGGAGUGUAACUUCACUCUGUCGAAUGUUUAUCGGCCGCAUCAUCCUAAAUUUACAUGAGAAUAACCCUAUGGACAAUAACAUUAUUUAUAAAAAUGUCAUAUGAAUUCAUGACGCUGCAGUAAUGCAUCAAAGAACAUCUUAUCUCUGCCCAUUUACUAUUUUUAAGAACGAAACUCUGUUUACAUACCCGAUGGUUUUUCUUAGUGUAGCAGCGCUGUGUUGUAUGCUAAGCUGCGAAGAUUUUAAGUUUUUAUGAAACGGUCCAGUCAGUGUUUACCACUGUAAAGCACUUUAAAGAAUUAGAUUGCUUUUGUGGUGCAUUUGAGAUCGUGUAUGCGUGUAACUGUGUUUACAAAUCACAUUGACCAUCGACUUGACGCCAACCUUGUUGUGUGAAGUGAAUUGAGAAUGUGUUGUGGCGCUUUUGGUACGCCAACUUCUUGGCAUUCAAUCCGUCUAUGCCAUAUGCUGUUGGACCUGAGUAGAAAUAAGAGCCAAGGAAGACUCAUUGUUUGUCAUCUACAUUGACACGUGUACAUGUUUAUCUUUAUCGGGUGACCACGUUUCACUGCCUAACAGAUGUUAUCGCACAGCGCAGGACGUGCCUGUAUGUACAGGAAGUUUCUGGAAUGUUAUCGAUGGUCACACCGCUGUAUGUCACCGAACCUUGCAUAAUUUGAUUGCAUGUACACGUGACGCGCAAGUUGUAGAACUUUGUGGAAGACACGCUGGACCCAGCGAUUACUCUGGAACAUUCGACCACUGAUGUGUAAAAGCCGACGCGCUUAACCCGCUGAUCAGAAUUUCGACGAUCGCCGACUGUGUUCGCCGCUAUCGUUGUGCUUUAAGUGUAGCCUGGU